CGCGACAUUUAUUUGCAGUAUUCUUGCUUUGUUGUACGASUACAGCUUCUAUAAAAACGACAACAACACAGCUUGUCAACAUUGAUUUGCAUUGACUCAAGUUGAAUUCAAAACGGUGCAACCAUGAAGCUUACAUUUUCCCGCACAACUACACUUGCGCUGGUGAUUGCCUUCUGCCUAGGAGUUAUGCAAUUUUCGAUGGCCGAGGUGAGCAACGAAAUCCCAACCCCUACCGCACCAYGAGGAAAAKGCCCUACCCAUGUGCUGACCUUGUUCCGGAUCAUGAUGAUGUUAAGAGUAUUUCAUGUWYGWUGAUUGUAGGCCCAUCGUUGUUAACAUGCCAAUCUGUGCUCAUUUGMCCUUUUUUCUCUGCCACUUUUGACAAUUCGUACGAUGCAACUCGCCUUCGUUUUUUGGCGUCCCAAUGAAUACGAUCGAAURMAAACAAACAGACGGCGGUGGACGUUUCGGAGCCACGMGACAUGACGAUSGAUGAUCGCGUCGACCACUCCAUCCACAUCGAGUUCUGUGUUAGCUGAGGGUCAAAGCGAAACUUUCUCCAGGUGAGGGAAUGGUUGGAAUUCAACUUCCCRGAGCUCCGGGGGAAAGUUUCCGGCGGGAAUUACCCCACGCCCCCCACGAUCGAGCUCUUGCUGAAACUUCUGAGCAUGGUCCAAUUGAUGUCCAUACUGAUCGCGAUGAUGGGGGAGAAUUUCUUCCGGAUACUCGGCUUUCAGCAGACCCCCCGUUGGUACGAAGAGGUAGUGAUGAAAAAUGCCGUGCCGAUCAUGAUCGGGCUCUACCUGAUUCUCCCUACUAUCUUGAAUGGAUACGUUGUCUCGGGUGCUUUCGAGAUCAUGUUGGACGGAGACCAAAUGAUCUUUAGCAAACUGGCCACGGGGCGGAUGCCGAAUGCCGACGAUCUGCUGGGUCCGUUAACGAAAGCGGGUUUGACGGCCAUCGAGAGGUAGAACGGUCCGCACACAAGAUGUUCGAUCCUGCACGAUCGGGGACGCUGUGGUUUGCUUUUCCUGGAACAACGACCGUUGUAGCUUUGUCGAAUAGACGAAGGAAUGGGUUGCAUGGGGUUGGGAAUGACAAAAGCAGCAACAAGAAAGGAGGACGGAUUCGAAAUGCGCCAUGUGCACCGAUACGGAGUCCGUUCUUGUUGGCACGCUUUUCGACGACAGCUUCCCCUGCACGGACUUCCUCGAGUCGAACAACGGCGUCGUSUAUAGCAGGAAGCAACGACGGAAAUGGAUGGGAGUAUCCGCAACGCUUACCUCGCAACGAUGUAGGAGAUCUGUAUACGCCCGGGAACGCGUAGAAUGACGAAGCAACCGAGAUGGCCCUUUGUUCUGUAACAACAAMACCACUCGGAUGUUUCUGACAUGUGAAACGCAGAUUUAUACUGCGGGUUGAUCACGGUCGUUUUCCCUCGGAAGAGAUCUCUGCAUUGUAUGAGAGGAAACAAAAAUUGAAGAUUUUAUUACAUUGUGCUCCCUCGCUUCAAUGAAGAAACAUCACAUGGUACGAGUAGGCAGAAAAGAAAGACAAGGGUAAAAU